AGUAUAAACGGAAAGCCAAUGCUAUAUAAGCACGGAUCGUCAGUAAAAAGUUAUACUUUGGCGAAACGACCCAUUAAAAAACAUGAGAGGCUUUCAUAUUAUUGGAUUGUUUGCUCUCUUUGUGAGUUCAACGGCGUUCGGUGAAGAAGAUACUUCCACUAUGUCUGCAACAGAUGAAACUACGGAGGUUCCUACAACAACGUUGCCACCACCUGUCCUGUGUGAUGACGAAGACCAAUUUCUUCCAGCACCUGACUGCAGGCAAUACUAUCAAUGCCUGAACGGAGAGGGAAUCUUAAAAAUGUGUCCAGACGGACUGUAUUGGGAUCCUGAACUCAAUGUGUGCGCCUGGGAGUCGCAGUACUGUACCGAUGAAGGAAAUGAGACCACGAAGUCACCAUCCUUGAGCUGUGCCUCUGGACUGCCAUUUUUACCCUAUCCGCCCGAUUGCACAAAAUUUAUCCAAUGUGUCUAUAACAUUGGGUUCAAACUUAGCUGUCCAAACGGACUGUACUGGAACCAACCUCUCCAGGCGUGUGACUAUACUUGCGACAAUGAAGUAAAAUUCUCUGACGACUACGAGGUGCAAUAACCGCUAUUAAAUGAAGUAGAAUUUUGUAAGCACACGAAAAAAUGUACAUACAUAAUAAACAAAAUAAAGAAAAACAAUUGAA